AUGGGCGGCGAAAAUGAGGCGCAAGAGUGUUUUGAAGGGGAAGGUGGAGACGAAAUCAUGGUGGAAAUUGUUGGGUCAGAUGUUUUUGUCAAUGGGGCCAUUAGUGAAAAAGAGUGCUCCUUAUUUGCGGGCGAAAUGGGAUAUUUGGAGGGUGAUGCAAGGGGGAACAAAGAAGAAAUUGGAGGCGGGAAGCUUCCGGAGGGUGUGGAUGUAGACGAAACUGGGGAAUUUGAGGCAGGGUUUGAAGGGCCUAGAGACUAUGAUGCGAUUAUUGAAGAGAAGACAAUGGGAGAUGAAACAGUCAAGGAGGUUAGUGCUGAGAACCUCGCAAAAUCUGAAGUUUUGAAUUGUCCUGCAGAGGCUUCUGCCGAAGGGGUUUUUGAUAAAGUGGAGAAGAAAGGGGUGUCAGCAGAUUAUGCUCAUGCUAAUUAUACAGAAGGAGAAGGUUUAAGCCCGUUCAGUGAUAAAGCUGGAAUUUUAGGUCCUAAAGAUGAAAAUGCGAGCAGUAAUGGUGAUUUUGGUGUAGAAACUGGAAUUGUUGAUGAAAAAGUUGUUGCUGCUGAAACUGGAGACUCGAUUGUUGAGAAGGACUCUCAUGUCCCUGAUGUCUUUGAUGAGAAUCAUGGCCGCGUUAAAAAAAAUUGUGGUGUCGAGUGUGACUUAAAACAAAGAUCUGAUGAUGUUCAAAUUGCUGAAGUGAGUGGUGCCCUAAAUAGUGAUAUUCAAGCUGGUACAAAGGUAAAUCAGCCAAAUGUAGAGCAGAUUGGUUCCAAAGUUUCCGCACCGACUAUAAAGUCCCCAGAAACUGUUGAAACUCAAGUGGUUAAUGUGUCGAAGGAAAAAACUUCUCUCCCAAGGGACUGUUGUGCUUUUGAUGUGGCUACUAUCCAUGACGUGGUAAAUAAUCCCAAUGAAGCUGAAGAAAAUUCUGAAAAAACAAGUGGCUUUUGUGCAACAGAGGACCAUGCUUUUAAAACUAAUCGCGUGGUUGUGGAGUAUGAUAAAGAACUUGAAGUUGACCACAGUGGAGAGAAUGUGGAAGCUGAAAUUUCUGAAGAGCCAGAAUUAGAAACUGAGAUUAUAUCGUCCAAUGAGAAAUCUUCGAGGCUUGAAAGAACGAACCUGUCAUGUUGUCUAUUUCAGAAAGAGGAUCAUUUUGUCCCGUCGGAUUUGGUUUGGGGAAAGGUCCGCAGCCAUCCAUGGUGGCCCGGACAAAUAUUUGAUCCGGCCCAUGCUUCUGAGAAGGCUCUUAAAUAUCAGAAGAAAGAGGAUUCUUAUUUGGUAGCGUAUUUUGGGGAUGGCACUUUUGCUUGGAUUGAAGAAUCUAAGUUGAAGUCUUUUGGGUCGUAUUUUUCCCAAAUGGAGAAGCAAAGUAAUUCUGAAAAACUUAAAACUGCAGUCGACUCAGCCUUGGAAGAGGUCUCGAGACGGGUUGAGUUAGGUUUGUUGUGUGCUUGUGUGCCAAAUGACGAUUAUUAUUGUAAAAUUGAAGCUCAGCUUGUCGAGAAUGCUGGGAUACGUCAAGAAUCAAGUAAAAGGUAUGGUGUGGAUUAUUCUGCACGGGCCCAUAAUUUUCUGCCCGACAAACUUAUAGAUUACGUUAGUGAUUUGGCUACUUCUGCAUUUUCUGGGGCUGAUCGGCUGGAUCUUGCAAUUGCUCAUGCACAAUUAUCUGCAUUUUGUCGUUUCAAGGGUUAUAAUGCUCCGGCUGAAUUUGUUUCUUACGGGAAUUUGGUAGAAAAUGAUGCAGACAGUGAGAAAACAUCUCGUAAAAAACGUAAACGUAUUCCAAAAACUGGUUACAUGUCUAGGAAAAAAGAAAAAAACCCAGUUGAAUUUACAGGUGAUCGUGAAGCUAUUUCCGCAGAUGUUAAAGGUUUACCAGUCAGCUCGUCUUCCGCGAGAAAACGGAAAGCAACCGAUUCUAAAUCCGAUGGGCCGAACAAAAGGGUAAGCGUAUAUGCUGCAAAAAUAUCUAACCCGACCAGUCGAAGCCUCCCCACCAAGCCUUCGUUUAAAAUUGGCGAUUGCAUCCGUAGGGCAGCCACCCGACUGACGGGCCCCACAUCUUCUACAGUACAAAAGGGCAAUCACAACGAUGAUGAGAUGGUAAUUGAUGGUGGUUAUCAUGGAAUACACGGGCAUUCGGAAAACAAUCCCAUGUUUGUUGCAGAGGAAGAAUCUUCACGAGCUGACGAGAUGGUAACACUCGAGCUUGCUGCACAAAGUCCCAAGGACGAGGUCAUUUUUGAUAAUGACGAGACUUUCUUUAUGGCUUUCAGAAAUUCAGUAGUUUUCGAUAGCCUGGAGGGGGAGAAAAAUGCCGAACAGACGAUUGAUGGGCUCGGUGAGGAAUUUGAGUUUGAUGAUCCGAAAGAAUUUUAUUCUGGUAAGGAGAAAUUGGUAAAACCGGGCAAAUUGCAGCCGAGGAAGAGAUUAACCAAUCCAAAGGUUGCUCUAAAGUUGGAUAACGAGAAUGUUACAAGGAAGGAGGAAGAGCUGUCGUUACCUGCUGAGCUUAUUCUGAACUUCGUUGAGAAAAGUUGCAUUCCUUCGGAAAUUAAUGUGAACAAAAUGUUCAGACGAUUCGGGUCGCUGAUGGAGUCCGAGACCCAAGUUGAUCACGAUUUGGGCCGGGCCCGGGUGAUCUUUAAGCGGGCUUGUGAUGCUGAAGUUGCUCGUGAUAGUGCCGGGAAGUUCAGCAUUUUCGGGCCUUCGGUUGUUGUGAGUUAUGAGAUAUGUUACUCACCUUUGAUCUCUGUUAAGAUUUUGCCCGAUGAUGUACCUCGUCAGUGCCUGGAAGGCGAGACUUUGGUGAUUUAG